AAAAGGAGAAGAGGAGCUUGAGGAAUCAGAAAUGCUGGAAGUGGAAGGGCUGGGAUUGUAUAAGGGGAAAGUGAGAAUUGUGCGUAGUGAAGAGGCGGCCGAAGAAAUCAUGCUUUUGUGGGGAAUCCAACAGCCCAUUCUCUCAAAGCACAAUGUCUUUGUUCAUCAAUCUUCUCCCCAACUCCACAUAGAUGCUUGCGGUCGCUCUCUCUCCAUUCUCCAAUCCCCUUCUUCCUUGGGUACUCCUGGUGUAACUGGGGCAGUGAUGUGGGACAGUGGAGUUGUUCUUGGAAAGUUCUUAGAGCAUGCUGUGGAAUGCAGAAAAGUUCUUCUUCAGGAAAAAAAAGUUGUUGAGUUGGGUUCUGGCUGUGGAUUGGUUGGUUGCAUUACAGCUCUUUUGGGUGCUGAUGUUGUUCUCACCGACCUGCCAGAUAGACUUAGGCUGUUAAAGAAGAAUGUUGUAGCCAAUCUAUAUGGUGAUGUACGAGGGUCUGCCAUAGUAAAAGAGCUCACAUGGGGAGAUGAUCUGGACCAAGAUUUGCAUUAUCCCCUUCCUGAUUAUGUGCUUGGCUCAGAUGUGAUCUAUAGCGAGGAAGCUGUGAUGGAUUUGUUGGCGACUCUAUUGGAUCUUUGUGGAACCCAUACAACUGUUAUUUUCGCUGGAGAACUUCGAAACGAUGCCAUCCUUGAGUAUUUCUUGGAAGCCGCAUUGAAGGAUUUCAUCGUUGGUUGUAUUAAUCAAGAACAGUGGCAUCCAGAUUAUCGUAGCCAACGUGUCGUCAUAUACAUUAUGGUGAAGAAGUAGAAGCGAA